UCAGCGAUGCACUUCAAAGUCCCGCAGACAGACGCCGACUUGACACUUGUGCGCUUUCUCUUUACUUUGGGAUUUAUCGUCAAUAUUCAACGUCUGGCUUGUAACUUGCUAUCUCUGCAACUUUUAAAAUAAUUGUAGUAGACGUUGCUUUCAUCUCGGUCCGCCGAACCUGAGGAUGUAUUUAUGAUUUCCUCUGCUUUUGGCGUUUGGACGAUUGACGGCAUGGAUGCACUCGCAGUCCUGCAGAGAGAGCGCUCAUCCGCAGCAGGAAGCUAGCCAUGCCUCUCUAGGCCUCCACCCCCAACACCACCUCCACCGGCUCUCAUCCGGCAGCUUGAGGACGUUGAAAGUUUGAUGGGGGAGCGACGAGCGAGGUCCUUCCACAUGACCUGCCACCUGCAGCGGGACUACGGCAGCAGCUUGGCGGGGCCCUUCGCACGAUGCGGCCCCAACGGCUACACCAGCACCAGCCUCAGCCUGGACCAGGAGGCGGACGCUGACCCUUGUCCGGCCGGCGCCGCUCCCGUCGGAGGCCGUUAUUCUCCCGUCUCACUAGAACCGGACCCCGCGGCGGGGAAUAAUGGAUCGGGCGUCCCGGCGACCAACGACCCGGCGCUGCAGAUUGUGCCCGGUCAGCCGUCCGCCGCCCAGGCGCCGCCGCCUCUGCCGCCUUCCAGCUGGCUGCGUCACCACCAGAAGGAUUUCCAGCGGCCGUACGUCAAGACGAGCAUGCAGGGGGACGUCUACAACUUCCUGGAGAGACCGGCUGGACUCAAGUGCUUUCUCUACCACUUCCUUGUGUUCCUGAUGGUGCUGGUGUGUCUCAUCUUCAGUGUCCUCUCCACCAUCGAGCAGUAUGCAGAGUUUGCCACCGGAUCACUUUUGUGGAUGGAAAUAGUGCUGGUGCUGUUCUUUGGAACGGAGUACGUGGUGAGGCUGUGGUCCGCAGGCUGCCGCAGCAAAUACGCCGGCAUCAAAGGACGGCUGCGCUUCAUCAGGAAGCCCAUCUCAAUCAUAGACUUGAUUGUGGUCAUCGCCUCCAUCAUCGUGCUGGCUGUGGGCUCCAAUGGCCAAGUCUUUGCCACCUCUGCUAUCAGAGGCAUUCGCUUCCUGCAAAUCCUGCGCAUGCUCCACGUGGACCGGCAGGGGGGAACAUGGCGGCUGCUGGGAUCUGUAGUCUUCAUCCAUCGACAGGAGCUGAUCACAACUUUGUACAUCGGCUUCUUGGGCCUCAUCUUCUCAUCCUACUUUGUCUACUUGGCCGAGAAGGACGCUGUUGACGAGGAGGGCAAGACGGGCUUCUCCAGCUACGCUGAUGCCCUGUGGUGGGGUGUGGUGACGGUGACCACCAUCGGCUACGGAGACAAGAUCCCUCAGACGUGGGUCGGCAAGGCCAUCGCCUCCUGCUUCAGCGUCUUCGCCAUCUCCUUCUUUGCUCUGCCGGCUGGUAUCCUGGGUUCAGGCUUUGCCCUGAAGGUGCAACAGAAGCAGAGACAGAAACACUUCAAUAGACAAAUCCCUGCUGCGGCUUGUCUCAUCCAGACACUGUGGCGGUGCUACGCGGCAGAGAAACCCAACGGCUGUUUGGCGACGUGGAAAAUGUACGUACUAACCCCCGAGGCCAUCGCUGCCGCGGAAGCGGACAUCUCCAGUGCAACCAUCAGGAAGCUCAACAUCUCGAAAAAGUGCACCAAAAGGAGGCUGAAGUCGUUUCGAGGUCACGAGUCCCUGGGCGUGUCCUCAGAGAGAGCAGUGUCCAUCCCUCAGAUCACCUACGACCACAUCGAGGACUCUGUGGACAAGAAAGACGUCUCUUUCUUCAUGGAGGAGCCCGCUGGCACCGUGCAAGAAAUGACCAGGAUGUUCAAACAAACAGGCUCCUGUCAUCAUUCUUGGUCUUCUUUCACGCUCAGCUGCCCUUCCUCUCCAGUGAAGAGAAACCACAACGACCGAAUGGACUUCACCCGCGCCAGCAGCCUCAAUGACGAGCUGGACUGCGUGACGGAGGACAUUCCACUCUCUGUGAUGACGGACAACGCACAUCUUCUGAGCUGUCCCUUCGUGGCCUCGGUCCAGGACUCUUUCUCCACACACCACCUCAACUCCACAAGGUUGUCUCACGCCCAGAGGUCAGCGGUGAAAGUUCUUCGCAGAAUGCAGUACUUUGUGGCCCGCAAGAAGUUCCAGCAAGCACGUAAGCCCUACGACGUUCGGGACGUGAUUGAGCAAUACUCCCAAGGUCAUCUCAACAUGAUGGUGCGCAUCAAGGAGCUGCAGAGAAGGCUGGACGGCACACUGGGCAAACCGGGCAUGUUCCUGCCAGGUAAAGGGGAAGAUAAGGAAUUCCCGACCAUCGGAGCGCGACUGAUCCGUCUUGAAGAAAAGGUCUAUCAGAUGGACCAGAAGAUGGACUCGGUUCUGCGGAUCCUCACGGAGCAUUUCCUGCCCAAACCGGAGCUGACGUCCAGGCCCUCCAUCCGCAGGGUGACCAUCCAGAAGCGCAUGGGCGUCAGCAUCGACGAAGGCCUCUGAGACCACGCCCACAGCGCGGCGUCACGUCUGCUCCACGCUCCCAACACACUUGAACACCACGAGCAGGGAAUACUUUCCACAUUCUUUUCUGUCACGGGCAACAUGGAGUCACUCCAACUUCCUCGCUGGUUUCUUUCGUCUUCUCCUCCUGAUAUCCUUCCACAGCUAACGAGCAAGCCGUGAAAGCGCUGGCGUUCUCCCAAAGAGUCCAAACGCAGGAGGACGUGCGGCGUUUAUGUUGGCAUGGAGGUUCAGAAUGUGCUGCUUGGAGGUGACGGAACAAGGGAGGGCUGGGCAGCGCACUGUGGGGGACGCCAACGUGUCCGCUUGGGGAGUAUCGGUUCAAGUGCUGCUCAUUAAAAUUGAUGCUCUUCUCUUUUCCGAACUUUAGAGAAUCUUUUAGUGUUAGGUCAAACUAAAAUGUUGACUCUGUCCUCGAUCCUCAAAAAAACAGUUUGAUGAGGGAAUAACGAAUGCAAUGACGCUCCAAAAGUGUACAAAUGCACUACAUUGCCAAAAGUAUUUGGCCACCUGCCUUCACUCACAUAUGAAGUUGGAGUGCCAUCCCAUGGAAUUGUCCAAAAUGCGUUUUGGACCAGUUGUUCCUCCCAGGAAAUUCAAGUCACAAUUCGCUCCCGUGCUCUUUACGACACUUAAAGCUGAGUUGAAAAACCACCAGAGACAGAAUAGGUAUUUUGUUGUAUAUUUUCAAAGCUUUGCAAAUAUACUUUUUGAGACCAGUCUAACCAUAGAACAUUCUAUUGCGCCGCCAAAAAAUGGUCUCUCUUCCCAACGCCCAAAACCCCUCUUUCCUUCCCCCUCCCUAGCCAUAAUACAUGCACAACGUCUCCCUAGUCAUAAUACAUUCCAAAGAACUCAAGGUUAUCACACACAGUUUACUUGCUAGAGUAAAGAAAAGAAAACACGAGCUGUUUUCAAAUAUGACUAUGAAAGAAAAUAAGUAACACUAAAAUUCGGAUAUAUGUAAAUAUCUGCCUCCGACAGUAUCCUGGAGCCUUCAAAGUUCCUUUCACUGGAACUAAGGGGCCAAGCACAACUCCUGAAAAACCAACCCCACACCAUAAUUCCUCCUCUCGGCACAAUGCAGUCCAAAAUGUAGCGUUCUCCUGGCAACCUCCAAACCCAGACUGGUCCAUCAGAUUGCCAGAUGGAAAAGUGUGAUUCAUCAGUCCAGAGAAGGCGUCUCCACUGCUCUAGAGUCCAGUGGUGAUGUCCUUUACACCACUGCAUCCCACGCUUUGCAUUGGACUUGGUGAUGCAUGGCUUAGAUGCAGCUGCUCGGCCAUGGAAACCCAUUCCACGAAGCUCUCUGCGUACUGUACGUGGGCUAAUUGGAAGGUGACAUGAAGUUUGGAGCUCUGUAGCAAGUGACUGUGCAGAAAGUCUUUGCACUAUGCUGACCUCUCUGUCAGUUUACGUGGCCUACCACUUGGUGGCUGAGUUGCUGUUGUUCCCAAACUCUUCCAUUUUCUUAUAAUAAAGCCCACAGUUGACUUUGGAAUAUUUAGGAGCCAGGAAAUUUCACGACUGGAUUUGUUGCACAGGUGGCAUCCUAUGACGCUGGAAAUCACUGAGAGCGGCCCAUUCUUUCACAAAAUGUUUGUAGAAACAGUCUCCAUGCCUAAGUGCUUGAUUUGAUACACCGGGCCAAGUGAUUAGGACACCUGAUUCUCAUCAUUUGGAUGGCUGGCCAAAUACUUUUGGCAAUAUAGUGUAUAUGCAUACAUAUAUACUGUAUGUACAUAUAUGUUUUAUUUAUUUAGAUUGUAAAUCGAGUCAUUGUUUUGAGAAUCAAUUACAAAUCAAUAGGUGAAUAUAUA